AUGGCCAUGUUCUUCCACCUUAAGAGCCCGCAGAGGGCGUGGACUGAGCAGAGAAUUCCUUCCCUAUUUUUUUUUAUUUAUUUUUUUGCGCCCGGAACUCGCACGCUCUCGCGAUACCAAGAGGCGCCUGUGCGGGAGCUCGGCCUUUUCCCGGAGAAGACAGCAGCCAAGAUGGCGGAAGUGGAGCAGAAGAAGAAGCGUACCUUCCGGAAGUUCACCUACCGGGGUGUUGACCUGGAUCAGCUCCUGGACAUGUCCUACGAGCAACUGAUGCAGCUCUACAGCGCCCGCCAGCGCCGGCGGCUGAAUCGGGGCCUGCGCCGCAAGCAGCACUCUCUCCUGAAGCGCCUCCGCAAGGCGAAGAAAGACGCUCCGCCCAUGGAGAAGCCGGAGGUGGUCAAGACCCAUUUGCGUGACAUGAUCAUUCUUCCAGAGAUGGUGGGCAGCAUGGUCGGCGUGUACAACGGGAAAACUUUCAACCAGGUGGAAAUCAAGCCUGAAAUGAUUGGGCACUACUUGGGAGAAUUUUCCAUCACUUACAAGCCUGUGAAGCACGGCCGGCCUGGAAUUGGGGCCACCCACUCAUCUCGGUUCAUUCCUCUGAAGUGAGAGGAUUUGGGAAGAACUUUUCUAUGUGUAAAUAAAAGCUGUUUCCCAACUGA